AUGGCGUUCUCUUUGGAUACGUGUACAGCAGAUGAAAAAUUCACAAAUUACAUCACUCUGGUGGUUGCCUUGAAGUACACUCAAGAAGGAUUACAAGAUCUUGUGAAAAAGGCAAUGGAUGAUAGUAAUUCCAGUAAUAAUGUGAAAGUGAAGACAAAAAUCCAAAAGUUCAUGGAAAAUACCUUGCAAACAGAGUGCGGAGAAUGCAAAACCAUGGAUUUCACCUUUCCUUGGAAGAGUGACAUAUACUUUGAUUACUUUAUAAAGGCUCGCAGGCACUUUGUUGGAAGGGAAUGGCUCAUCGAAGAUAUAGCUUACAAUCUUCUGAAUACGGAUGAAAGAGGCGUGCUACUUGCUGCAGAGAUAGGUUUUGGUAAAACUGCACUUGUUUCACAUAUUUCUUGUAGCAGUACUAAGCUUUCCCCAGCCUUUCCUAUCUACAAAAACUUGAUAGGCAUUCAUUUAUGUAGCUAUGAUUUUGAAUCAACAAUGAUACCAGGUAUAUUUGUUUGCAAUAUGGCUGUUAGUCUUGCUCAUGUACUACCUGAAUUUGGAAACAUUAUACAAACAGACAGCAUGGCAAACGAGUAUCUCUUUAGUAGGAAAUGUAUUAAGGAGCCAUAUGGUUGUUUUGAUUUUGGUAUUUUGAAUCCACAUCGCAGAAUAAAACUAGAGUUCAACAAAUUAAUUUUCAUUAUAGAUGCUUUAGAUGAGUGCAUUGAAAUUGGCUCAGGAAAUAUUUUUUCAUUAUUAAGUGAAAGAGUUCAUUUAUUGCCAGCUAACUUAAAGUUUUUAUUCACUUCUAGAAAUAUCUCACAUAUACGCGAUAAUCUUCCUCCAGGAAUGCUUGUUUACCAUAAUCCUCUUUUCUGGAAAAAAAAAUUAGAGGAUAUUAAGAAAUUCAUAAAGAGAAGGUUAGAUAAUACUACUGUAAAUGAACAAAUUGAAAAUCUUUUAUCCAGUUCAGAUCUUGAUAAGAAUGCCUCGCAUGGAUCUAUAAAAUUUUAG